AUGGCCAGCGUGGUGGUGAAGACAAUCUGGCAGUCCAAAGAGAUCCACGAGGCUGGGGACCCCCCCGCGGGGGUCGAGAGCCACUCCCAGAUGGUUCCCAAGGCUCCUGGGGGGGUGACCAGCCCAGCCAAGGGGAUCUCGAAGAAAAAGAAGGCCGUGUCGUUCCAUGGGGUGGAGCCUCGGAUGUCCCACGAGCCAAUGCACUGGUGCUUGAACCUCAAACGGUCCUCGGCCUGCACCAAUGUGUCCCUGCUCAACCUGGCCGCUGUGGAGCCCACCGACUCCUCCGUGACAGACUCUACUACGGACGACAGUAGCUCGCUGGCACUGCCUGUGCCCCCUGCCUCCCCCACCCCACCCUGGGCUCCAGAUGACCCAGAUAUCACGGAAAUACUGAGUGGGGUCAACAGUGGAUUGGUUCGCGCCAAAGACUCCAUUACCAGCUUGAAGGAAAAGACAACCCGGGUGAAUCAGCAUGUGCAGACACUGCAGAGUGAGUGUUCUGUGCUGAGUGAGAAUCUAGAGAGAAGGCGGCAAGAGGCGGAAGAACUGGAAGGAUACUGCAGUCAACUCAAGGAGAACUGCCGGAAGGUGACCCGGUCGGUGGAAGAUGCUGAAAUAAAAACCAACGUCCUGAAGCAGAACUCUGCCCUGCUGGAGGAGAAGCUACGCUACCUCCAGCAGCAUCUGCAGGAUGAGACACCUCGGAGGCAGGAAGCCCAGCUGCAGGAGCUGGAACAGAAGCUGGAGGCCGGUCUCUCCCGGCAGGGCCUGAACCUUGCAGCCCAGCCCCUGGGCAGCUCUGGCUCUCCGGGGAGCCCUGAGGACCCACCACGACCCCGCAGCCUGGUGCCGGGCAGCUGGGGAAUGGGGCCCCGGGCAGGGGAAGGCCUCGGCAUGAGCGAGCAGGAGGUGCAGAAGGUGUCCACCGGCCUUGAGGAGCUGAGGAGGGAGGUGUCCUCAUUGACCGCCCGGUGGCAUCAGGAGGAGGGGGCGGUGCAGGAGGCCCUGCGGCUGCUUGGGGGCCUCGGAGGUAGGCUCGACGGCUUCCUGGGCCAGUGGGAGCGGGCGCAGCGUGAGCAGGCGCAGACCGCGCGGGGCCUGCAGGAACUGCGGGGCCGGACCGACGAGCUGUGCACCAUGGUGGAGCGGUCAGCAGUAUCUGUGGCUUCACUGAGGAGCGAACUGGAGGGGCUGGGUCCUGUGAAACCCAUUCUGGAGGAGCUGGGGCGGCAACUGCAGAACUCUCGAAGAGGGUCUGACCUCACCAUGAACCUGGAUCGGGUCCCCCAAGGAGGCUCCUGUACCCGCUGUGCCAGCCAGGGGCAGCAGUUGUCCACAGAGUCCCUGCAGCAGCUGCUGGAGCGUGCACUGACCCCGCUGGUGGACGAGGUGAAGCAGAGGGGCCUGGCUCCUGCUUGCCCCAGCUGCCAGAGGCUACACAAGAAGAUUCUGGAGCUGGAGCGCCAGGCCUUGGCCAAACACGUCAGGGCAGAGGCCCUGAGCUCCACCCUUCGGCUGGCCCAAGACGAAGCCAUGCGGGCCAAGAACCUGCUGCUGACGGACAAGAUGAAGCCGGAGGAGAAGGUGGCCUCUCUGGACUAUCUACACUUGAAGAUGUGCUCCCUCCACGAUCAACUCAGCAACCUGCCACUUGAGGGGUCCACAGGGACAAUGGGAGGAGGAAGUGGUGGGGGAACUCCCCCGAAACGUGGGGGCCCAACCCCUGAACAAUAA